AUGGGUCGCAAUGGCCUCAUGGGCACCUUCCAGGGCCUUGACGCGUUCGGAAAGACCAUGGAGGAUGUCAAAAUCAAGACGCGCACCGGAGCGCUAUUGACCUUCAUAUCGUUGUCCAUCAUCCUGUCGUCGAUGAUGAUCGAGUUCAUCGAUUAUCGCCGGAUUCACGUCGAGCCGAGUAUCGAGGUGGACAGGUCAAGAGGGGAGAAGCUCGUCAUUGAUGUGGACGUGACAUUCCCAAGAAUACCUUGUUACUUGCUCGCUCUGGACGUGAUGGAUAUUUCGGGAGAACAGCAGCACGAUGUUACCCACGAUAUCACCAAGACCAGGGUCAGCAAGGAGGGGUACGAGCUCGAGACGCUGCGGAAUGGGCGGCUAGUCAGCGAUGUCGAGCAGGCUAGCGCGAACAAGGAUCCAAAUUACUGUGGAUCGUGUUAUGGCGCCUCAGCUCCAACAAGCGGCUGCUGCAACUCCUGCGAGGACGUCCGCCAGGCUUACAUACGGAAAGGCUGGUCCUUUGACGAUCCCCAGAGCAUCGAGCAAUGUGUACAGGAGGGAUGGGUCGACAAGGUCAAGGAGCAAAACACCGAAGGGUGCAGAAUAGCGGGCAAGGUUCGGGUCAACAAGGUCGUCGGCAACUUGCAGUUCUCUCCCGGAAGGGCCUUCCGGAGCAACAUGGUCCAGAUGCAGGAGCUCGUCCCUUACCUCAAAGACUCAAACCACCACGACUUUGGCCACAUCAUCAACAAGUUCCGGUUUGCCGCCGACAUGGACGAUGUUCAGGAGAAGAAGGUCAUCGGAAAGGAGAUGAUGAGCCGGACAAAGCUGGGCAUCAUGGACCCGCUGUAUGGCGUCAAGGCACAUACCGAGGAGUCUGAUUACAUGUUCCAAUACUUCAUCAAGGUUGUCUCGACAGACCUCGUCUACCUCAACGGAGAGCACAUUCCCACACAUCAGUACUCGGUCACGCAGUAUGAGCGGGACCUGAGAAAGGGUGAUGCCCCAAGUCGAGACGAGCACGGUCACGUUACCAGCCAUGGUAUGCAAGGUGUUCCCGGUGUCUUUGUCAACUACGAGAUAUCGCCCAUGAAGGUCAUACAUACGGAAACACGCCAAUCAUUUGCACACUUCCUCACAUCAUCAUGCGCCAUCAUCGGUGGUGUCUUGACUGUAGCCGGGCUCGUAGACAGCUUCAUCUUCUCCAGCUCGAAAAGGUUAGGAGGCAGAAUGGAGGAUGGCUUUGCGGCUCCGGGCGGGAAGAUGGUGAGCCCCUUUUUACCGGCAGGUGGGAUCCGUGUUGACCGUCAGAUGUGA